AUGGCUGCGAAUGGCGCGGCUGCGAAUGGCGCGGCAGAAAAGCCGGGCUUCUUCGCGCCGGACAUUCAGACCCUGCUGCGGCAGCGGGCGGCGCGGCUGGAAGGCUUGCCCGACGCGAUCCUCGAUUCGGACAACUUGGACUCCGAUGGCAGCGAGCAGUGGGAUGGCGAAACCAAGGACGCGCCAGAGGAGGUUGAGCCCAAGAAGCCGGAUGCGAGGCCACUCUCCGUGACCGACCUCUUGGCAGCGGGGUUUCUACGAGUAGAGGCAGAGCCCCUGGACGUGGCGGCAGCGCGCCGUAGCUUCGCAGCCAAGGAGGAUUGCCAGCAAGUGACCUUGGAAGGUCGCCCAGAGCCGGCGCCCAUGAGGCUGCGGCGGUUGCAGAGGGAGGUGGCCACCCUCUGCCAGUGGGCCGAAGAUGCGCCCGAAGCGAGCGCAGGUGCGCUGCAGCUAUGCAAGGAGGCGCGCCUGGCUGGAGAGAAGCUGAAAGAAUCCAAGGAGCUGCAAGCAGAGCAGCGGGUGUGGCUGCCGCCAGAGUCCGAUCAGACUCGCCAGGACCUUGCUGCGGCGUCGCAGCUGCUGCGCCUGAACCGCGAGGAGGCGACCGGCAAAGGUCCCAACUACAACCUGGCAGCGCCGAGCGCUGGCUGGUUGUUGUCGAACCAGGCUGAGGCGGUUGCCGGGCUGCAGGAGCGCCUCCAGACUGUGCGGGAAGCGCUCGGGGAGAACGAGGCGCUGGAGGGCCCGCUGGCAGCGGAGAGCCGGCGCCUGCAUCAGCGCCUCGAGCGGCUCGAGACCUUGGGCGGCGAUUCCUGUGAGCGCCUGGUUGCAUCCUUGGCGCUGCUGUGCGCGGACAUCGACGUGGCGGUGAGCAGCGCCAAGCAUCUCGAGGCUAUGGAGGCGGAGCAAGAGAGGGAGGAGCAGGAGCUGAGCAAGCCGGUGUCCCCCACCUCCAAGGCUUUGGCUCAGGAGGUGGAUGCCGGCGUGGAAACCGUGUCCAUGCAGGUGGAGCGCCUCUACGAGGAGGUGGCCUCCCUGGACACUUUGGCGCUCAGGGCCAAAGACCUGGAGCAGCAGCUCUGCGGCCAGGACGCGCUGCGAAAGCAGCUGGAGCUUUUCGCCUCAGACCUGGCCAUGGCGGAGGCGCGGAGCACCAAGGCCGUGGAGAUGUUGAAAGCCACCAGCUCCGUUGCCACCUCUAUGCGCGAAGCCUCCAAAGCCUCCUCCGAGCGCCUCCAGAAGGACCUGCGCUCGCUGGAGGAGAAGUUGGGGAAGCUGCCGCAGUUCCCUGGCCCAGUGGAUUUGCAUAGCACCGGGCCCUGCGGUGACACUUCGCAGCGGGUGGGAAAAAGCCGCGGCUUGCGGACGAGCAUGCGCCAUGCGCCAGACAUCUUGCUGGGCGGUUUGGUACCAGCCAUGGAACGGCCGUGUUUACCGCCACGGGGUGCCACCCAGACCUCUGAGGAUCUCUUUUCCACCAGGCAUGGCAAAGCCUUCCAAGACUGCCGGGACUCCCAGGCCGCGGCCGUGGCCGCCGCGGCACUGGGCGGCGCAGCGUUCCUGGCACCCGGCACCAGCCGCGGCGCGAGCGGGCAAGUCUCCGCCUUGCGAGGGCAAGCGCGGGCGCCAACUGUCCAACAGGACACUUCGGCGCUUGGCUCCGCCGCAGCCGUGGCCGUGUGCAGCGCAGCGGUGCUGGUGAGCCAGGCACGCAAGGCGCAGGCCAGUGGGAAGAGCUCGGCUGUGGCCCUUAUGGCCUUUGAGCAGGAGCUUGGCGUCCAGCCGCCAGUGGGCUACUGGGACCCCCUGGGCCUGGCCAAAGAUGGCGACGUGGAGACCUUCCAGCGCAGGCGCUCUGUGGAGCUCAAGCACGGGCGCAUCGCCAUGCUGGCGACCAUGGGCUACAUUACUCCGGAGAUUGCUGGCAAGUUUCCAGGAUACCUGAGCCCCAGCGCCGGCCUGAAGUUCGCAGAUGUCCCCAACGGCCUCGCCGCCAUCUCCAAGGUCCCGGCGGGCGGAUGGACCCAGAUCCUGCUGUACAUGAGCUGGUGCGAGGUGUCCCGCGGAGCUGGCUCGGACAUUGCCAGCGGCAAGCCCGGCGACUUUGGCUUCUAUGUGCUGACUUCUGCGGACCCAGAGGCGAAGAAGAAGAAGCUCAGCGCCGAGUUGGCCAACGGCAGGCUGGCCAUGAUGGCCAUCAUCGGCAUGUUCUACCAGGACGGCCUCACUGGCUCCGCCUGGGGCGACUGGGCCAACUACACCGACAGCCCCCUGCGCGCCGCCGCGCCCGACUUCUCAGCGGAGAUGGGUGUGACGCCUCCUCUGGGCUUCUUCGACCCUUUGGGCCUCAGCAAGUUCGACGACCCGGAGGUGGCUGCGCAGCAGUUCAAGCGCCGCAGGAUCAUCGAGAUCCAGCACGGGCGUGUUGCCAUGCUGGCCUGCAUCGGCUACAUCGUUCCAGAGUUCGUGCGCUUCCCAGGCUACUGCUCCCCUUCCGAGAACGUGGCUUUCGCGGACAUCCCCAACGGCCUGAAGGCCGCUCCGAUGGUGCCCCUGGUAGGCUGGGCGCAGAUCGUGGCCUUUGUUGGAACCAUUGAGAUUCUCAACCUGCAGCAGAUCCAGAGCGAUGUCUUGGGCGACUAUGGCUACGGUGCCUUCGGCCUCCCCUACGGCAAGAAGAUCGAGGACAAGGACAAAAAGAUGAAGAGCCUGAACGCCGAGAUCAACAACGGGCGGCUGGCCAUGAUGGCCAUCAUCGGUAUGUUCUUCCAGGAUGGGCUCACCGGUUCCGCAUGGGGCGACUGGGCCAACUACACGGACUCCCCUCUGCGCCAGGCCUUCGAGUCCGAGCUGGGUGUGCAGCCCCCGGUGGGCUUUUGGGACCCGGUGGGCUACACCCGCGACGGCGACGCGGAGACCUUCAAGCGCCGCAGGGAGACGGAGGUGAAGCACGGGCGAGUGGCCAUGUACGCCACCAUGGGAUACAUCGUGCCUGAGUACUUCAAGUGGCCAGGAUACCUGUCCCCGUCCAUGGGCCUGAAGUUCGCGGAUGUGCCCAACGGCCUGGCUGCCAUCACCAAGGUCCCGGGCAACGGCUGGGCGCAGAUCGUGGCCUUCGCGGGUUACUACGAGCUCUUCGUCUACAAGUUCAACGGCACCCCAGGCGACUACGGCUGGAAGGCCAUCAGCUCCCCGGACGCCGAGGUGCGCAAGCGCAAGCUCAACGCCGAGUUGGCGAACGGCCGCCUCGCCAUGAUGGCGAUCAUUGGCAUGUUCUUCCAAGAUGGGCUCACAGGCUCCGCCUGGGGCGACUGGUCCCUCUACACCGACAGCCCCCUGCGUGCCUUUGAGGAGGAGACGGGCGUCCAGCCUCCGGUCGGCUUCUGGGACCCCCUGGGCCUCUCUGCCAGCGGCAACCUCUCCGACUUUAAGCGCCGCCGGGAGGUGGAGCUGAAGCACGGCCGAGUGGCCAUGUUCGCCACCAUCGGCUACAUCCUGCCGGAGUACUGGAGGUUCCCUGGGUACCUCUCCAAGUUCCUGGACGUCAAGUUCUCGGAGGUGCCCAACGGCCUCAGCGCCUUCUCGAAGGUCCCGGCCUUGGGCUGGCUGCAGAUCGUGGGCUUCGCGGGGCUGGUGGAGAUCAACAUCUACAACGAGCAGAUCAACGAUGAGCCGGGGAACUACGGCGCCGGCUUUCUUGGCCUCAGGUCCGUGGGCAUCAUGAACACGGGCAUCACUGAUCCGGAAGUGCGUAAGAAGAAGCUGAACGCUGAGUUGGCCAACGGCCGCCUUGCCAUGAUGGCGAUCAUCGGCAUGUUCUUCCAGGACGGCUUGACUGGCAGCGCCUGGGGCGACUGGGCAAACUACACUGCCUCGCCUUUGCGAGCAUUCGAGAAUGAGCUCGGUGUGCAAGCUCCGGUCGGAUUCUGGGACCCGGCCGGGUUCACGGCAGAUGGCAGCUCCGAGAACUUUGCUCGACGUCGCCAGACGGAGCUGAAGCACGGAAGAAUUUCCAUGCUCGCGACCAUGGGCUACAUUACACCCGAGAUCACCGGCAAAUUUCCGGGCUAUCUGAGCCCUUCCGCAGGCUUGAAGUUCGCGGAUGUGCCCAACGGAUUGGCGGCGAUUUCCAAAGUUCCCGCUGCUGGGUGGGGACAAAUCUUGGCUUACAUGGCCUUCUGCGAGGUGUCCCAGGACCAGUCGGCGGGAACUCCUGCUGCGGCGGGUGACUUCGGAUUCAAGGUGCUCACCGCGUCCGAUCCAGAGGCCAAGAAAACCAAACUCGCAGCAGAGCUUGCGAACGGACGUCUGGCCAUGAUGGCCAUCAUCGGCAUGUUCUUCCAGGACGGCUUGACUGGCAGCGCCUGGGGCGACUGGGCAAACUACACUGCCUCGCCUUUGCGAGCAUUCGAGAAUGAGCUCGGUGUGCAAGCUCCGGUCGGAUUCUGGGACCCGGCCGGGUUCACGGCAGAUGGCAGCACCGAGAACUUUGCCCGACGUCGCCAGACGGAGCUGAAGCACGGAAGAAUUUCCAUGCUUGCGACCAUGGGCUACAUCACCCCGGAGAUCACUGGAAAAUUCCCGGGCUAUUUGAGCCCUUCCGCAGGCUUGAAGUUCGCGGAUGUGCCCAACGGAUUGGCGGCGAUUUCCAAAGUCCCCGCUGCUGGGUGGGGACAAAUCUUGGCUUACAUGGCCUUCUGCGAGGUGUCCCAGGACCAGUCGGCGGGAACUCCUGCUGCGGCGGGUGACUUCGGAUUCAAGGUGCUCACCGCGUCCGAUCCAGAGGCCAAGAAAACCAAACUCGCAGCAGAGCUUGCGAACGGACGUCUGGCCAUGAUGGCCAUCAUCGGCAUGUUCUUCCAGGACGGCUUGACUGGCAGCGCCUGGGGCGACUGGGCAAACUACACUGCCUCGCCUUUGCGAGCAUUCGAGAAUGAGCUCGGUGUGCAAGCUCCGGUCGGAUUCUGGGACCCGGCCGGGUUCACGGCAGAUGGCAGCACCGAGAACUUUGCCCGACGUCGCCAGACGGAGCUGAAGCACGGAAGAAUUUCCAUGCUUGCGACCAUGGGCUACAUCACCCCGGAGAUCACUGGAAAAUUCCCGGGCUAUCUGAGCCCUUCCGCAGGCUUGAAGUUCGCGGAUGUGCCCAACGGAUUGGCGGCGAUUUCCAAAGUCCCCGCUGCUGGGUGGGGACAAAUCUUGGCUUACAUGGCCUUCUGCGAGGUGUCCCAGGACCAGUCGGCGGGAACUCCUGCUGCGGCGGGUGACUUCGGAUUCAAGGUGCUCACCGCGUCCGAUCCAGAGGCCAAGAAAACCAAACUCGCAGCAGAGCUUGCGAACGGACGUCUGGCCAUGAUGGCCAUCAUCGGCAUGUUCUUCCAGGACGGCUUGACUGGCAGCGCCUGGGGCGACUGGGCAAACUACACUGCCUCGCCUUUGCGAGCAUUCGAAACUUUGCCCGACGUCGCCAGACGGAGCUGA